CCCAAAAUCAAUUCUCGACCCCGAAAAGCAAAAGUAAACAAACGACAGCCUCCUCCUCCUCCUCCUCCUCCUCCUCCGACAUCGCCACGCCGCGCAAUCGCCUCCGUCGAACCCUCGAAUCCGCCCAUUGUCUCCGUCGAGCCGAAGAUCAAUUUCCUGUUCUCCCUCCCGUCCACGCAUACGUUCCGUCGCGAUGGCUUCCGAGCCCAAGCCCGCCAGAGCCUCCAAGGCCGUCAAGCCCGCCAAGCCCGUCAAGGCUGACAAGGCCGACAAGACCGACAAGGCCGACAAGUCCAAGGUGCACAAGCUCGCCCUGAAGGGCAGCGCAAAGCUUGUCGCCGAGUUCUUCCAAUACUCCAUCCACACAAUCCUCUUCCAACGAGGCGUCUAUCCGGCAGAAGACUUCUCAGCGGUCAAGAAGUACGGCCUCAACAUGCUAGUCUCCUCGGACGACCAGGUCAGGGCGUACAUCAAGAAGAUCAUGGGCCAGCUUGAUCGCUGGAUGCUCCGCGGCAAGAUCUCCAAGCUCGUCAUCGUCAUCACGGACAAGGACACGGGCGAGCACGUCGAGCGCUGGCAGUUCGACGUCGAGAUCUUUGGCAAGUCUUCCAAGUCGUCCAAGACAUCCAAGACGUCGUCGUCGUCGUCGUCGUCGUCGUCGUCAUCGAGACCGGCCGACCAGGAAAACGACGCGGCCGCGGCCGACGCUGAUGCCGCCGCCCCCGAAAAGACGGAGCAGGAGAUCCAGGCCGAGAUCGCCGCCAUCUUCCGCCAGAUCACCGCCUCCGUCACCUUCCUGCCCCAGCUCGGCGGCGACUGCACCUUCAACGUGCUCGUGUACGCCGACGCCGACUCGGAGGUGCCCGUCGAGUGGGGCGACAGCGACGCAAAGGAGAUUGUCAACGGCGAGCGCGUCCAGCUGCGCGGCUUCAGCACCAGCAACCACCGCGUCGACACCCUCGUCAGCUACCGCUUGGCUGAUUGAGUACAAGAUACGUGCUGGGGGGGCAGAACGUACGUGGCGAAGGGGGGGGCGGCGGCAGCAGCAAGGACAGUAGGAAAUGGAAAACGAAAUGUACAAUGGAUGCGACGGGUGCGGCAUCCAUUGGUCAGUAGCGGCCGGAGCCGCCGUGAAAUACCGAACCGGACAAAGAUGAGCGCUUUUGCGCAUGUGUAUGGGAAAGGGCGGCGUCUUGGGCGUUUAUCCAUGAUGGUUUUGUAUAAUCUCGACUUUGUCACGGGGCACAAACAAAGAGAGCUACGGGCUCGGACUGGAGACACCCAGUCGGUUAAUCGUCUCGCCUCGCAGAAAAGAAAAGCACGCUU